UUCUGCACUCCCGCCCCUGGUGAUGGCUAAGCUAGGCUAGUACAAAACUCAGCCAGCUAACCGUUACCCGCUCCCGUUAUCACCACUCCCUUUAAUGUUCUCCUUCAUCCCAGCGGGACGUUUUAUUCACCAGCACACACCGGUUUUACAGAAAAGUAUUUAUUCUGUGAGAUUUAUCGUCGAUCAGUUUGAUCUGAUCUACGGAUUGCCCCCCCAGUCUCAGCUAAGCUAACUGUUAGCCCACAGCCAAAAUGGCGGACAACGAGGAUGACAGCGGUUCGACCAGAACAAUAACAGCCGCGGAGCCUCCGGGGGCCGCGGGACAGACCCCCGCCCCCCAGAGCACCCAGCCCGGUGAAAGUUUACCUUCAGAGGCCGCCGCUCAGUGCACCCAACCCGGUGAGAAUGUGUCUGCAGCGUCCGCCGACCAGAGUGGUCAUCCCGGGGAGAGUUCACAAACAGUACCCGGAGCAGAGACCACUCAGCCCGGGGAGGGUGCCCCGACAAUAUCUGGGGUUCAGCUGGCGGACUUCUUUCAGGGCUGCACGGAGGAGCAGAGCAUCCUGGUGGGCACAGACUUCACCGGGCUGGGCUCGGACCUCGGUAACACUACAAUCAUCUACGUGCAGCCGGACGGCAGCCUGUUGGAGGGCUCCGGGCUGACGGUGGAGGAGCAGCAGGCUCUGCUGGAGCAGCUCACCAAGCAGCAGAUCGUCCAGGUGUCGGACACCGAGGCGGCCCAGCUGCUACAGCAGGUCAAAACCAUCCCGGUCCAAAACACGGCCCUGGACCCCAGUCAGCUGCAGCAGGUCAUCAACCAGGUCACAAAGUCGCAGCAGCAGGUCCAUGUCCAGGUCCCCCAGCAUGGUCCUAAGCAACAGGUCCAGCAGGUCCAGGUCCAGCAGAGUGUGAAGCAACAGGUCCAGGUUACUCAGCAGAAUUUAAAGACCCCUUCCCCGAAUAACGCGUCUCAACAGCUGAAAAGUGUCGCCCAGCAGGUAGCCAAGCAGACCAUUAGCCCGGUUCAGGUGCUCCAGAAGAAGUCUGAGCCUGUCAGGAUACAGAUCCAGGUUCCUCCCAAACAGGAAGUAAAGGCAGGUUCCGCCUCCCAGCAGAAGACUGUAGCUGUCAAUCAUCCGCAGGUGAAGCUGUCAGCCAAUGGCAGCGUGAGCAGUGCUCAGAUCAUCCACAUCCAGCCCAUGGUUGGUCAGCAGGGCCAACAGUUCUUCCUGCAGCAGAACCCGGGGGAUCCCCCCAUCCAGCUGCUGUUACAAAGCCCCGCCCCCAUGGUCGGAUCUCUGCUCCCAGUGGUCCACAAGGUGGCAAGCCAGGUCAAACCAGCAGGUACCACCCCCAGUCUUGGUCAGAAACCUGCAAUGUCCCCCAUUAGAGUCCAGACCCCCUCUUCUGUAAGUGCGCCGCCCUCAUCCAUCGUCAAGAAGACCCCGCCCAGCUCUACUGCUAAAACUGUUAGCAUCCCGCUAAUCAAAACCCCGGCUAACGGCACUAGGACAGUCACCAGUAAGAGCCCAGUAAAGUCACCUGCAGUCCCAGCAUCCCCAGUAAAGACCACCACACCUGCUGCUGCCACGCCCACCACAGUAGCCAAAUCCCCUGCAGCCACGCCCCCUUCCACUCAACCCCCUACUAUGAAAGAAAGAGACAGAGAAAAAGAAAAGGAGAAGAAGUUAAAGAAGCGAGAGAAGAAGGCGGUGAAGGUACAGACAAGAUCAGGACGAGUCUCCAGACCCCCAAAGUACAAAGCCAAAGACUACAAGUUCAUAAAAACCGAGGACCUGGCCGACAGCCACCAGUCCGACUCCGAUGACUACUCCGAUAUGAGUGUGGAGGAGGAGGGGGACGGCGAAAGGAAGGCUGGCUCCGCCCCCAGCUCCUCCUCUCACCUCACCUACAGCCACAAGUCCCGUUCCCACCGCUGCCAGACCUGCGACAAGGCCUACAUUGGACCUGGAGGUCUGAACCGGCAUUACAAACUGAACCCAAGCCACGGGGAGCCCGAUCUGCCUGACAACCCGCCCAGCAACACACCCCGCCCCCUCAGAGAGGACGGCCAAUCACAGGAGACAACUUCAGCAGGGGUCAAAGAGGAGGAAGGGAAGAAGAAGGAAGAUAAACCUGUUACUAUGGCAACAAGCAGAGUGGUGGAGGGGGGUCCAGCAGCAGCCGUGGGACUCAGGGGCCUUCAUCACCGGGGCCCCGGCAGGCCCAGAGGACGAGGAAGAGGCAGAGGUCGGGGUCGAGGACGGGGCCUGGGCAGACCACUGGGACCGCCUCCUAAAGUGACAGUGGGCCUCCUCAGUCGGCGGGGUAGGCGCGGGCGACCUCCAAAGCUUGCUGUCCCCACGGUAACCCCAGAGCAGCAAGCAGAGAGGAGACGAGACCGACUGCAGGAGCUAGUGGACCAGUGUGAAGACGAGGAGCUGAUGGACAUUGUUCUUCCUCGUUUAACCAAAGUGUUGAGUCUGUGGGAGCUGCUGCUGGCAAAGGUCGAGCGGGGGGGUUCGACUCGGACUCGGUUUCCAGACAUUUACCGGGAGUUUGAGUCCCUUCAGACUCAGGUCAGGCAGGCUGCCCAGGAUUACAUCAUCAGUCCGCAGGUCGGAGCCAUGCCGCUGGAGGUCAGGAACAUCGAGGUGGCCCGCUCCCUUGGGAUCCUAGACGAGGUGAAUAGGAUGAAGGUGCUUCCUGGAGCGUCUCCCAGCUCCAGCCUGACCAAUAAGAACGUCCGAUACAUGGAGAAUUCCAAGAUGCUGCCGCCUUCAAAGAGAUUCAAGAUGGAGAACAGCGUUCCAGUUCACCAGAACGGCAUCGAGACGCCGAAAACAGGUGGGACUUCAUUGACCUCUGUGACCCCUUUGUCCCCUGCGACCUCUGUGACCCCUGCAGCCUCUGUGACCCCUGUAAAUUCCUCCCCGAAGCCAGUCUCUGCUCCUCCACUGGUGGUUCCAGCUGAAUCCAGCACUGCGUCUACCACCAGCUCCUCUGAUAGGACGCCCUCCACACAGGCCCUUCCCGCUGCCACACCUAUGGAGGUGUCUUCAGGUGAGGACCAGAGGGAGGAGCUUCAGCAGACGCACCCCCAGGUGGAACCUCUCACACAGAGCCAGGACCAGGUGUUGAGCAGCAGUGACAUCACAGGCCAGAAAGAUGCGAGUCCUGAGACCACGGCAGACUCAAAGACACCUGACACACCUGAGUCCAGCUCUGCCCAGACUCCAACCCCCCCUCAGAAGGACUCCAAGGAGCUGCAGGAGGGUCAGGAGAUCUACAUCCAGACCGAGGGGAUGACGGUCCAACUGGCGGAGCCUGGAUUGGACGGGAUUGUGAUCGUGAACGGGCCGGACGGGACGACCAUGCACAUCCAGACCCCAGAGGGCGUCCCCCUGGAGGCGGUCCAGGCCCUGCUUGGAAUCGAGGCCUCAGACGGGGAAAAAGCUCCUCAGUGAUCCAGAGUCCAGACUCAAACUUUGAUUCGGUUCUAUUCCAAUGAUAUAGAUACCUUUUUGAAACCAUGGAAACAAGAAUAGAAUCCUGGACACCUUAGAUCGGAUCAUUUGUUGUUUUUAAGCGUAAUCCGUCUAAAUUGCACUAAUGUCGGCAACUUUUUGACACUGCGAUUUAAAAACUAGAAAUGAGCCAUCAUCAGGUGCCUAGGACGUCUCUCUUUGUUACCGUGGUAACAGACAGGUAUUUAUAUCGCUUAAUUACUUAGGAUCCUCUGGUACUGCGUUUAUUACUGUCAACAGAAGAAGAAGAAGCACUCGUUUCAAAUGUUCUGAUUGUUCGAUCUUUUUAGAAACCUCAUGUUAGAAAAUCCAACAAUCCGUUAUUUUAAUGAUCGAUGAAAUUAAAAAGUUAAGAAACUUCUGUACCUGUUGGAGCAUUCAAAUCACAGAUUGUUUCGAAAGGUAUCUAAAAAUAUCGAACAUUUUGACAUCCUGGACUGAGAAGGUCGAGAACCGGACCUGAACUACAUCACAGCGACUGCGAGAGUCUGGACCUGAAGGUGGUCUCAGCUUCCAGAGUCCUCCAGUGCCACACAAACACACACGUCCACACAGGUAACAACACCUGGGCUGACACACACCUGGACUCCGAAAGAGCUGGACCUGCAAACACCUGGACCUGUAAAGGGUUCAUGGAACACCUGGACCUGUAAAGGGUUCAUGGAACACCUGGACCUUUAAAGGGUUCAUGGAACACCUGGACCUUUAAAGGGUUCAUGGAACACCUGGACCUUGAAAGGAUUCAUGAAACACCUGGACCUUGAAAGGGUUCAUGAAACACCUGGACUUGUAAAGGGUUCAUGGAACAUCUGGACCUACUGAAGUCUUAAGUGUCAACAAGCACUCAUCUGUCUCUUUGUGGGCGGAGCUUAAACACACCUGUUUAUCUCUUGUUUCCUGCAGUGCCCCCUUCAGGACAAAUUGAACAUGACUGUGGGUAUAAGGACACAUCAGCCUGUAGGGGGCGAUAACAGACCAUCGGACAGUUCUGUGGUUUCAGGUGCUUCUCUUAGCGCCACCAUCUGUUAAAACCACGAACCAGAGAGGCCGCCGAGCAACUCGUCACGGCCGAGUCAUCAACUCUCUGAAUUUUAAAUAUUUAAUUUGAGUUGCUCAUAUCCAAUACUUAAAGUCUGUUAAUCUGAGAGAAAACGUAUCGGACUCUAGCUCAUAGAGCCGGUGAUGUCACAUUAAAGGGUCAUUGUGGUGUUUUUAACGGCUGUUACCUCACUCUCCAUUCAAACAUCAAAGCUACACAACAAAUAUCCCCGCUGUCAGCAGAAAUAAAGCAGAACCCUUCAGGUCACCUGAUUGGCUGUCUGAAACCUACAGGUCACUACAGGGUAGCUGAUCGGCUGUGUCUGAAGCCUUCAGGUCAGCUGGUCGGUAAAAUGUGACGACCUCGGGUUAACGGAUUCAGCACUUGGGUAUGAGCAACAUUAUUGUGAGGAGAUGAAGAAAUAAUCAGUUUGUGACCUUUGUGUCCUCUAUAGGCCUCCGUAUUCAGCAGUGUUAUUUAUCGUUCAGCCUGUUUUCUGAUUGGUUCGUUCAGUUCUCACCUGUGAUGACGUCAGCGGUGGCUCCUCCUGCUGGUUUUUAAGGAAUCUGGGGUGAUUGUAAAUUUGUAAACUAUUUUUUUUCUCUGUGUUUCCAUGUUUGGACUUGUUGUUCAUUGAAAUAGAAGCGGAUUAGUUGGCUGUUUAUAUGUAGAUAAAUAUGGAAAACAAAGUUUAAAAGAAGUUGCACUAUUUUAUUACUUUUUAUAAAACUUAACAGUGAAACAUUUUCCAAACUGAAGGUUUGUACUCGUGUGGAGAGUCUGGCUGAGGGAGGUUAAUGUACUGAUCUGUCAUGUUGAAGGUUCCAGUGCUGAAUGCAUCAAACACAUUUCAUGUUCCUCCAAUAAACUGACGAUGUGACGAG